AUGGAAACAGAGCUAAAAGCCAUAAGAGAAAAAACGGACCACUGCGUGAAAGGAGCGAAAGAAGUUUGGAAGUCAGAGACUGACGAAGCCUCACGCGUGAUCAAAGAUUUCGGGUCUUACACUACGCUACACGGGUUCCAUUUCAUAUUUGACUCCGGCUCCCUAAUACGAAGAAUUAUCUGGAUAACCCUAAUAUUGCUGGGCAUUGUUUUCCUUUUCUUCCAAUUUCGAGAUAACUACAGAAAAUAUCAAAGGAACCAGAGCAUCAUAAGCAAAUCCAUUGAGCACGAUGAAAAGCUUUUAUUCCCUGCCAUAACUAUAUGCAACCAGAACAUGAUGAAGAGGAGCAAAAUUCUUGGAACGGACGCCCAAACAUUCCUUGACCAACAGGAUUUUGUAAAAAUUCACGUCUUAGGUAAAAGCCUCAUGGACAAAGAAGUUGAUCCGUCGCUUAACGUUGACGAAAUCGUCACGAACAACAGUCAUGUGCUCUCCGAAAUGCUGCAUAAGUGUACCUUUCAACACCAAGAAUGUUCAGCCGCUAACUUCACUUCAUUCCUCUCAUUGAUGGUAAAAGUAAAUGAUAAUGUCAGAUAGAAACAGGGAAAAUAAUCGAGGAGGGUGUGACCUGCCAGAGGGGCGGAAGGCUGAUGUGAUAACACCCAUCAAGAUCUGCAUGAUUCUCUUCAUCAUACGAACGCUGACGAACAUUUCCCACCUUAUGACAUUCUUUCUGUGCCUUAAAGGGGUUGUGUCCCGGCAGUCCAGUUCAUUUUGUUUAAUUUUGCCAAUUACUCGCCCUCAAUCGUUAUGGAUUUUAAAGUAAACAAAGAAAUUACAUGUAAAUGACAAAAUCAGAGAUCCGAGACAAACAAAUAUGUCUCCUGAGCAUUAUUUUUGAAGUUGCAAGCAGCAGGGAUCAACUUUGAAAACUGUUAGGCUGACCAGUUUUCAAAAAUCCGUUUUCAAUCCGUUUCAGUCUUCCUCUGUUUUGCCCAUCCGUGGCAUCUGUUGUUUCUGUUAUGUUAUUUUAACCUUCCUUUAAAGUUUUAAGCGGCAAUUUUUAACGGGCAUUUUUAAUUUCCUAAUUUGGCUGAAUUUCAUGACACAGCUCCUUUAAGUUUCUUUAAACCACUUUCUAGGCCUGAUGUGCAGUUUGAUGACAUGACUGGAUGUCAUAGCACUUAGUAGUAGUUAAUCUCCCUUACGUGGCUUUUCGGUUCUUGUCAGUUUCUUGCUUUCUAUUUUGGUCAGUACCUCGACUAAUUAAUUUUAAAAUGCUUCGGAAUCUUCCAGCCAUCUUCCUCAAGAAGCUCAGGUUAUUUUGUGGUGACUUGCAUCCUUGCACAACACAUAGAAACUAGCCGUGUUGAGUGAAACACCUCAUAAGUCCAAUCAUUUUAUUAUAAGCAAUCGCUCUUAAUAUAUAGCUGAAUCCACGAAACCUGUACUCUGAUUGGCUACCUGGGAGGGCAAAAUGGGUCCACCCUACCCGCUCGUGAUUUCCGGCGUUAGUCCCCCAAGAAAAAGGUUCUUUUUUUGGCGAUACAAUAAAUCCUUUACAUACCAAGCCUCGACUUCGUUUCGGUCCGUAGAAACGCAAAAAAGAACUUGGCCAAACUCGCUCACGGUUGAGCAUGGUUGGUCAAUAACGCAUAUCUAUAUAAUUUGUUUAGAGUUAGCGCGUUGUAAUUGAAUAGAUAUUGGGAAAAGAAAAUCUUUCAACCAUCCCUCAGGCUAACUAGUAUUUUUUAGAUAAAUCAAACGUCUGGAAAUCACAAAAGCGAAAGGUUUUAAUUAAUAAGACUAAAAUGUUCAUGAGAAUAUGUUGGUUCGAUUGUACGUAACCCAUGCAGAAAUUAAUCUCGACAUCCCAUUGGCCUUGAACUAAACAUAACCAAAGAACUACCCUAAAAAUAUAACAGUAAUGCCUGGUGAACACGCUCUUUAACCUCCUUUCUUUUUGCUUGGUAUAAUAUUCGACGACGAGGACGACGAUGAUGAUGGUGAUAAUGAUGGCCAUGGUGAUGGGGAUAUUGAUGGCGUUGGUGAUGAUGAUGAUGAUGAUGAUGUUAUUCAUCGUGAUAAUGUUUUCCCAGUUGUAGUGCUGAUGAUGAUGACGAUGGUGAUGGAGGUAAUGAUGCGUUUUUUCCAUGUGACAGAGGUGGUGGUGUUCAUGGCGAAGACGGUUGAGGGGAGGGGGGCAGAUACUUUUCUAUUAGAUCCGUCAGUAUUCUUCAUGUAAGAGGCAAGGUGAGUAAUCUAAAGCGUUUGGUAUUUUUUUCCUUUUCAGCGAGGUGUAUGUUAUACGCUAAAUUCUGGGUAUCCGAAUCACACUAAACUGUACGUGACAACAUCGGGAAAAAUACAAGCGCUGACACUCUCCCUGGAUGCACAGCCAGAGGAGUAUUAUGGACCAUACAGUUAUGACGCAACAGGUUUUAAAAUUUUGGUUCAUGAUCAAAACGAGUCGUAUCCCAACAUCGAAGACUUUGGCGUGGAUUUACCACCUGGUUUCACUACCAAUAUACGCGUGCGAAGGACUAAGGUAGGUUUGAAAAGAUUGUUAUCAUCAUUGUUUGAAACAUCUUUUUCCAGACACCUGGUCCCAGUUGUUCAAAAGGUGGAUAGCGUUCCGGGGGGGGGGGGUGCUUGGGUUACUGUUUGCUGGGUAUGUGCCAAUGGCCUCUCAGAGCCCCUACCCAAUUAUAGUCUAUUUUUUGGCCCAUUAUAGAGCCCAUCUUAAUCACUUUUUGCAAAAUGUAAUUUUCGCGAUCCCAACUUAGUCACUUUCUUUUUAUACAUCUACCUUAUCAAUGUGGUUUCAAGCGGCGGAAUGUAAUGCGGUCAAUACGAGCUCAUUGUUAAAUUUAAUAAACAACUUUCUGAUUUUUUCUAACCAAGCAUCUUCCCAUUUUGAAUCCAAACUUACCCCAAAAAUCCGAAAAUUUGCAACCCCAUUCUAGUAGCUCUAUUGAAAAUGCGACCGCAUUAUAGUCACUCCAGUCGUGAAAAUGCGACCCCAUACAUCGGCACAUCCCCAAUAGCCUCUUGUAAGAGAGUAUCCCCCCCUCCGGGAUAGCGUUAUCCACUGGAUAAUUCACUAUCCAGUGGAUAGCCCAAUUAGUUUCCGUAAUACUUAUCGGCUGCUGGAUAGCGAUUUAUCCGGUGGAUAGCGCUAUCAAACUUUUGAACAACCGGGGCCAAGCUGUAAAUCGUCCUUUUUCUCGGGGGAAGGUUCUCCCAUAUAUGGGAUCGAUAGGUAUGUCCAGCAAAAUAAGAUAUGAUUUCUGAGGGUCUUGAUCCUUAAGUAGGGUUUAGUAUUUGUCCUUGUUGGCGUUGUGGUCCCCGUGGGAACCUUAGACAGGGUACACAAAUUGUAUCUGCUAAAAUUCCAGUACGUAAUUGUAAAUACCCAGCUACUGUUAGUGUCAUGAAAGUGAUCUAAUAAAGAUUUGCGUCUUUCUAUUAAUUUCUUAUCCGUUAUUUUUCCCUUUUCCCUCUGUAAUUAUUGCACUGUAAUCUUUGUUAUCGUUGUAAACACAUGUGCCUUUAGGCGCUCUGUUGAUAAUAAAGCAAACUAUCUAUCUUAAAUAGGCUGUCAAUUUCUGUUUAUCUUUAUCCUUAAAUAGGUUUUAAGACCGUGUGCGGAACACACCAAUCCGAAAUUUAUGGGAGUAUUCCCCGGGACUAAGAGUAAUGCCAUCCAAGCCCAGAGAGAUUACAGCUGACCAUAGUAGUAACAGCUUUAGUAUACUUAAUCAUUUUUCAUAUCUUGAUUGUAGACGAUAAGUCUUCCGAAGCCAUUUAAAUCCGGUUGUGGUACAAAGAAGCUGGACUCAACUUUUCCGGUUUACACGGAAUACGCAUGUCUGUUGGACUGUUAUACCAAGAUGGUUGUAAACGCAUGUGACUGUCGCAUGAUAUCAAUGCCACCGAUGAGUAAGAUAUUUCUUAAUGCAUUAAUGUAAAUAGCUGUUUAUUCUUGUUUUGCAGUUAUUUAUGUUUGGUCCAGAACCUUUGACUAACGACAGCUCACAAAAUGGAAAUUGCACGAUCUUUUCCUUUUAUUUUUCUUGCCAUUUUUUUUUGUUACGCGCUUAGUUUUUCGAGCUUUAUUCCCAUUACUGGUAAGAGUGUUUGUAGAUAUUGAAUAUUUGUACAAUUUCGUAUUGGUGGCCAAUUCAAUAAACAUUUUUCGAAGAAUUUACACGGAAAUAAAGUUCCAAGUGGAGAGAAAUGCUUUUGUUCUUGACCAUCAACAUGGCCGCCGUGACGUCACGUGCAAACCCGCAAUAGAUAAAUGACGUCACAUGACGUUUUUUACGUCCACCAUAUAAGUGUCCAAAACACAGAUGUCCCAUGCAAAUCAGUACUGUAGGAGUUGUUGAGCCUCGUACACUUUCUUUUGUUCCCAUUAUUUGCAUAGCUGCUGGCCACGUAAGUGAAAAGGCGUCAGCCUUCUUUUCUUAGAGAGUCAGUCAAAUGUUAUUGCGUCACUUCAUGUCACUUCUGCUAGGUUUCUCCUGGUAAAUAGAGAUAAUUGAUCAUCUUUUAUUAUAUGUUUAGCCUACAAUGGAUAGACUGUUAGUUUGUAUUUUUGCCGGCUUGUCCAUGUAUCCGUUGGAGUUCUACAUUUGUAAAAUGACCACUCACUGUUCAUUGAUCGCAUGAUGUUAUAUAUUUUAUUUCAUUACGGGGUUCACUGAGAAGUAACCAAUGCUAUCAGUGGAGGCGUACUUGUCUAGUCUCCUCGGGUGUGUAGGUAAGGGUUUUAGCCUUUACCAGAAACCUUUCCUUUAAUGCCCCACUUUUUCUCUUUCGACACUGCCUAGUGUGACAGAUUGAUACUGUGAACAUUCGGCCGGGGGAUGGUUGGGGGCGGGGGAGACUCCAAGGUUGAGAUGAAAUGAACUCUGCCGUUAUAGGCCUCAUUGGAUCAAAGCUUUUCUUUACCCUCUGUUGUAAAUUAACUAAGUCAAACUUCAUAGUUCUACGCACAAAUAAAUUUUAUAAUUAUUCCUAUAGGUGAAGUUAACCAUACAAGAUUCUGUAGUGCAAAAGAGCUCCUCAAAUGUGCUUUUCCAAAAGCCAGUAAGUGACACGAACAAAAGUUUUAACAACCAUUUUAAGGCUCUUAAAAAAGGACUAAGUAGGAAAUAUUGAUAAUAUUCUUUUAUCCUUGUUUUUUAGCAAAUUUUAACCCAAGCCGCUGUGAUUGCCCCGUGCCUUGUAAAAAAAUUGACUUUCAGGUGCAGUCUUCCAUGGCCUAUUCCCCGUCGAGCCACUUGUGGGAUACCCUCUUGCCACUCUAUAACAUCGCACCAAAUGAUACAGAAAAAGUCAGAGAGUACCAAGACUAUGUCAGGUAAACCUUUUAUAAUGUCAACCUCCUCGAAAUUCUUUACGCCAUCUCCCUGAUCUUUGGCAAUAAUUUCGAACACGUGUAAGAGUGUUUCACAGAUUUCAAACACUAGCUAAACACUGAAAAAUGGAGCAUAGUAGGUGUUUUUUUUAAGCAGCUUGGAAGUCGGUUUGGAUUUAUUGCCCUUGCAGUAUUUUCAAGAAAACUAUCACCUAUUCAAUUCACGUAGAUUGUUCAAUGUUUGUUUAUUUUCUUUUAAGCGAAUGCGAGAAAAUACUUACUUCUUUUAAAACUCUUUACUCAGCUAGCUUUAUCUUCAAACCCACCGACCUCUUAUGGUCAGUGCGCACAAGCGGGAUUGCCUAAAGACUUGAAUCCCCUCAAUUUUUAGAUCUUACAAAGAGGCAUGCGUGGCCUGCAGUGGUCUUUUCAGACACACUAUUCGGCAGUUCCAGGUUCGAGUUCCGCUCCGACCACUAGCUGGAUUAGUUUCUAGGCGGUCGUCCUAGUUCAAAUCCUUUGCUACGCUUGUAAAUCCCCAACUGGUUGCCUUCUUCUAGUUGAUUUGAUUACCGUUUUUAAUGAUUUGAAUAGAGUACUUGUAGACAAGGUGGAAAGCUAAAUGCACUUCUCUUCGACACAGUUGCCUUUUUACCAUUUUUAAAUGAACGCAACUAAACUUUAAUCGACAGAAUUUAUUUAAUUUUAACUACUAUUAUACUUUUUGUUUCUUUUAAAUUGUUAGAAAAAGGAUGGUACAAGUGAACAUUUAUUACGAAACUCUGGACACAGAGGUAACCGAGGAAAAACCUGCUUAUGAUCUCAACGAUUUUGGAUGUAAGUAUGAAGUGUAUGUCACGUACAAUCGAUUCUUCUUCAGACCCUUCUUGAACACCGACACCUCUCUCACGGUGGCACCCGUUGUUCUUCAGUCAGACGUCCACAUGCAUGUGCGUCUCGUCUUGGAGGCCUAAAACGACGUACAUAUCUGAUAAGUCCGUCGAUUAGACGUCGUUUGCGUCACUUUGCCUUAUUAUUUGUACUACGCAUCUAUCAUAAAUGUCGUCUGAUUUGGAUAUGGGCAACGUUAUUGUCCGUGUUUUUUAGUGUAGACUGCGAGCAGUCUAUUAUUUUUCUUUGCAAAGCUUCUCCACGGGUAACCCAUGCACGCUUGCACCGUAAUUUUUAGGGAGUUAUUAUAACUCCAAAAAUGGAGUAAAAAUUUUAGGUACAGGAUAACCCCUUUUUUGGGGUUAUUUUAACUCCUAAUUUGGGGUCAUUUUUACUCCUGAAAAAGAGUUCUUUUUACUCCCAGUCUGGAGUUAAAAUUACUCCGAAAUGGGGUUACUUGUACUCCUUACAUGGGUUGUUUUUACUCUUUUUGGAGUUAAUUUAACUCUGAAAGUGGAGUAAAAAUUUUAGGUACAGGAUAACUCCUUUUUUGGGGUUAUUUUAACUCCUCAAUAUCUGGGGUCACUUUUACUCCUGAAAAAGAGUUCUUUAAACUCCUUUUUGGAGUUAAAGUAACUCCACGAAAAAUAACUCCACUGCAAGGAGUUAAAUUAGCCCCACUAGAGGAGUUAUUAUAACUCCCUGAAAAUUACAGUGUGUCCCAUACUGUAACAUCGUUGUUUGCACUCGCGCUGGCUUGGAUAAUAACUGAACGGAUUUCAAGAGAAAAGGCGGGCAGUCUAAUUAUGUGUAUUUCAAUUUGCUUUCAGCGGACGUCGGAGGUAACAUGGGAUUAUUUUUGGGCUGCAGUCUCCUGACGCUAUGUGAAUUUGUUGAUUUGAUUGUGAUCAUGUGUCUUCAGUGCUGGCGGAAAAAGAACGCAGUAGUUCACGCGAGGGAAGAUCACUUUAGAUAAAGCUAC